UAAUCCCACAACAUGUGCUCCUCCAUAUAAGAAGCCAUUUUUUCCCACUACUCUUCUGCCUCUCUCUCUCUGGUUUCUCCAAAGAAAACCUCCAUUUGUAGAUCCAUAAUGUAGUUCACAUCAAGAUGGGAAGAAGAACAGACAGAAACCCUAAAUCUUACACUCUCCCUUCUUCCCCUACUCACUCCUCUUCUUCUUCAGAUUUCGAGUUCACCAUUGCCCUUUCUCCACGUAGUCGCAAGUUUUCCACAAACCAAUGUCCUGCUGACGAGCUUUUCUACAAAGGCCAACUCCUUCCCCUUCACCAAUCUCCGCGCUUGUCUAUGGUUCGUACUCUUCUUCUCGCUUCGUCUUCGACCUCUUCCUCCUCUGAUACCACGACUAUUGCUUCCCGUGACUCCACGGGCAGCAGUAGUUCCAAUGAUUCCCAAUAUUCCUACUCUAGUGGCGACCUCGUCCUCCUCCCUGAAGGAUGUGACUCCUCCCGCCCUAGCUCCGUCACGGAGGAGGACGAGUUCAAGCGCCUUAAAAACUCAAUAGGCAUUCCUUGCACCUCCAUCAAGAAAGGUAACAAGUACUUGAAUUUCUCACUGUCGAGAUUUUCUUCUGUGUUCCGCAAAGAAUCCAAGAAUCAAAAGAAUGAUUCAGAUGUGAUCUUGGGACCUCUGCCUGCUCAGACGACCACGUCCUCGUCUUCUGUGAGACGCAUGAGUACAUCAGCUAGAGAAGUCAUUCGUAAGUAUUUGAAAAAAGUUAAGCCUUUAUACGAGAAGUUAUCCCAAAAGCCGUCUGAGAAAAUGAUGGUAUCGUCAAAUACUGUAACAUUAUGCAUGAAAUCUCAAGAUGAGUUUUUGAAAAGCAGAGAAAAUUGUUAUUCUUCUAUUCAGAGCUCUAUUAAAGAAAAUACCCAAAAUCCAACAAUUUCGCAAUCUUUUUCUGGGAAUUUGAGGUAUCCAAGGAGGAGAAGCUACGUGUCAAGCUGUCCUUCCUCGAUAAGAUCAUCACCAAGCCAUUCUGGGGUCCUCAGUAGAAGUGGGUUCACAACUCCGACUAACAAGACGAUGACAGGUGGAAUUUGUUCAUCAGAUUCGUCAACAAUGGAGGAGUUACAAAAUGCAAUUCAAGGUGCAAUUGCACACUGCAAGAAUUCCAUGCUUCAGAAUCUGAACACUAGUUCUUAAUAAAAUUUGGUCAGUUAUGAAAUUUAACAAAUUUUUAGUGUUGUUUUUAAGGUAAAUAAGAAAAGAAAAGAAAGAAAAAGAUCAAGAAUAUUUGUGUUUGCUAGAUAGCUAUUGGAUCUAAAGGUUAUUUUAUUUUAUUUAGCGGGUUAUUUGACUGAGGAAGACGAGGAUUUAACCUUUUGUGUUUUUUACCUUUUGUUUCAUAGUUUAACCUAGCCGUUGCGUCUUGAUCGAAGUUUUAGUGAGUUGCAUGUGAUGUUAUUAAUGGAUCACUCAUUUGGAUUCUUCUCU